AGUAUAAUCACGUGACUGGACAGUUUCACUUGAUGGGUAACAAAUUAAAAUACGGAAACAAUUUAGAGUUUUGUCGAAUUUUAGUUAUUAAUAUUGAAAUUACGUCAAGUGAUUUUCGAACAUCGUAGCAGAAGAAGAAGGGUCAAAGUUAUUUUAGAAGACAUAUCAGUUUACUUUCAGAACGAUGAGUGCAACGGGAUGCUCAAUCUGUUUCGAUUCAUUCUCACGUCCUGUCACAUGCAUCCCAUGUGGCCAUGUUUUCUGCCAGAACUGUAUCGCCCAAUGGGAGUAUACAUCAGAUGAGAGGGGCUGUCCUCAUUGCCGAAAGAGGAUCGACUGUGUGCAGCGAAUCAUCUGGGACGAUAACAACAUUUAUCUAGACUGUAAGAAGACUGCUCAGACAGAACUCGGGGAUAUCGUCCAGGAGAAAGUCGUGUGGGUCAAGGAGAAAACUUUUGACAUCAUGGGGUAUGUCAAGAAAGAAAUACGAUUGUUUUGGAGGAGAACUUUGAAGUUUGCACAUGUUGAAACAUUGGGACAACUGCCAGGCCAGGCUAAAGCCUUGUGGAACAGUCUUGGCGGUGAUGUGCAGUUUUUCAUCUUCUUCCUGCUCGUCCUAAUACUUUCACUUGUUGUCCAGGAUGCCAACAACGAAGGUGGCAUUAUCCAGGGUUGUCUGCGGCCGAUUUGGGCACUGCUAGUCAAUGUUGUCAGUCACCUGCUGUAUUUUCUUCUCCAUGUGUUCACGCGACCCAUCCUGUGUGUAGGCCUUUGUCUGCGUGAGGUCCUCUUCAUGCUAUGGGACCUCACUCUCGGUCUCAUGUUCACACUUUUCGCGGUUCUAAAGGACUUGAUUUCCAUCCCAGUCGUCCUCAUACAAGCUGUUGGCAACGGGAUCAUGCUCCUGUUGAACUUCACGGCUGAGGUUGUCAUGACGAUUGUGCGCCUGGUCUUCGUCUUCGCGCUGUGUUGUGUCGUGUUCCUGCUGGCCAGACCAGAUCCACAGAUUCGCGUUUAUGUAGACCGGUUUUGUGCGAUGCUUUUGGGAUUUUGGACGGAGUUAAGAGGAAGACAAGAAGCGACAUAAGACAGCCUACUUCUGUUUUAAAUUUUAGAAAUGUUUAUCUGUGAUAACUGACAAGCUGUUUGCUCAGUACUAAUACUAAACAUGUGUAUUGCUUUAUAUGGGGGUGUCUACAUUGAAUCUGGGCACGACUAAGUUAACUAUGGGGUGUGUUCACAAAUAUGUGUAUUCAGUGGGAUGGUAGAUGCAUUUACCAUUACAGUGUUAAUGGUGAGAUGUCUUCAUUAAGAGGGGCGGGCUAUUUCUCGUUCCAACCAGUGCACCACGACUGGUAUAUCAAAGACCGGAGUAUGUGUUAUCCAGUCUGUUGGAUGGUGCAUAUAAAAGAUCCCAUGCUACUAAUGGAAAAUUCACCCUGCCUGCUAACGGCUCCGACUGGGCAGCAGGCGCUCUCUUGCGGCAGUCAGCGCAGGCGGUCCCUUCUUCUACCCCACCGGCACCCGUGCCCAUGACAGGCGUGUGCUACAACAGCUCGCUCUGAACGUACACGUUAACAAUUAGAUAAUAAUGGAAAAAUGUAGCGGGUUUUCUCUCUAAGACUAUAAUUAUGUCAAAAUUACCAAUUGUUUGACAUCCAAUUGUCAAUGAUUAAUACAUCAAUGUGCUUUAUUGGUGUCGGUAAACUGGGCAUGGGUGUGUUCACAAUUGAAUGUGGGUGUGUCCAGACUGAGCAACUGCUGUGAACAAUUUUCACUUGAUUUUGAUUCUUAAGAUAAGUGUGAUAAUUAAUAGAUUUUAACAAUAUGUUAAUUGUGCUUCAUAUUGUCAUGGCUGUCCAAUAGCUUUCCUAACUGUGUGCUGUGACUUGGACUUUUCUCAAGUAAUUUUAAUAUUGGACAAAACAGAAUAUUUAUUUUUACAUUUAGUAGUAAUUAUUUGCAUAUUUGCUGGUAUUGUGUAAUGAUUGGAACUACAUGUAUGCCAUUUAUUAUAGUUAUUUGUUUGUCAUGUUGUGCACUAUAGACAAAAAACUUUUGUUAUUAGUGAUCGUUUGGAUGCAUAAUGAGAGCUACAUUUAGUUGUAUUUCAUAAUAAUAUGUUUACAUGUAUAGUGCAGUAGAUGAUCCAAGGGGAGUAGGGUCCAGGGUCCGGAACACCCCCCCCCCCCCCC